ACCAAAAGAAACAAACUUAGACCAAAACCCAAAAGGAAGCUACCUACGAAUUAUGAGAAAAAAUAACAAAAAAACAAGGAAUAACCAUAUCCAAAAGAAAACACAUAAUUUGAACCCUCAUUCAUUCUUGAUUUCCAAAUUAAUACUAGCUAUCAAAUACUAUAAAUCCAAGGCCACCAAAGUCUUCCUUUUAUAUACUCAUCACUAAAUAUUUAUUUGGAGAAAUACCAAUCUCUCUUUCAAGUUAAUUUAAGAAAGUUUUUUACAUUACAAGAGUGAGAUUUUUUAAUUAGAUAUAGUAUUAUUAUUAUGGAAACAAUCAGGCCAGGUACUGCAUCUGUUAAUCAGAAUAAAUCGUAUGAAGAAUUCGAACCACCCUUGGAAUGGGUCAAGGAGGAGACUUCUGACACUCUUCUUGUCUUCUUGCCAGGGUUUCAAAAGGAGAAACUGAAGAUACAAAUAACAUCAACUGGAAAACUGAGAAUAAGUGGUGAAAGACUAAUAAGUCAGAACAAAUGGCGUCGUUUCAUUAAGGAAUUCGAGUUGGAUCUCAAUUGUGACACCUCCAAAAUCUCUGCCAAAUUCGAAGGUGGAAUCCUUUACGUCAAAGUACCAAAACCAACAACAAAAACAACUACUCAGCCACCUCGAAAACCAACUCCAACCCCAACACCAACAACAACACCAACACCAACACCAACCCCAUCAUUACCAGCUCAUCAAGACCAAAAACGACAAAGAAUUCCUACUCCUCCACCUCCACCCCCUCCAACUUCUAUCCUAAAACAGCAACCUGAUCGUGUCAAACCAAUAAACAAGGACCACAUUAAUAAUGGGGCCGCCGAGGCUGAUCAUGAUCGCAGGAGGAAAGAAUUGCUUGAUGAUACCGCGGCCAAGACAAUGCCGGCGCAAGCUGAUCAUGAUCACAAGAAGAAGGUAACAAUGCAAACUUUGGUGGCCUCUAAGGAUGAUGAUGAUAUGAAGAAGAAAAAGAAGAUUAUGCCAAGUACAUCAUCAUCAGCUGAUGAUCAUGAGAAGAAGCUUUUGGGUUUGGAUGAUAAGGCUGGUGUUGCAUGUAAACCUGGUGAAGGGUUGGCUGAGAAGGCAAUGAGACCUUUGCAAAGUUUGUCUGUGAAGAAGUUUGGUGUGAGGACAUUGGUUAAUUCGGCUCUAGCUGUUUUGUUUGUUGGGGUUCUUGCUUUGUAUGUAAGGAACAUCUUUAUCAGGACUUUUGGUGGUGGUAGUGGUGAAAACAAGAGCUCAUCAGAGCUAUAAUAUUGUUUAUUACUUCACCAAUUGAUUUAUUAUAUGUAAAUUGUUUUCAUGUACCAUGUGCCUAUACUUUUACUUUGUUGUGAGAUGAAUAAGGGGAGAAAUUGUUUUAAUUUAAUAUUUUUAUUUGUUUGUAAUUCAGUUUGAUGAAUAAUUUAUAAUUAAUCAAUUAUAACGUUUCUUCA